CAAUUGCUAAACAGCACGACGUCGGGUAGGUAUAUAAGGACAGAGCGGGUGAGUGCGUGUACUUCGAGACGACAGGUAUAAUUGGAAUCACAUCCCAGAAACAAAGCAUGGAGUUCUUGAAAGUCCUAGUGGUUUUGAUCGUAGUUUCGCACGGUUCCCUAUCAAACCCAGUGAGUACGGAGGGCGAACUACGCGACAUCGUCGGAAAACUAGAGAGACUCUCAGCAAGCUUAAGACGGUAUGUAGUUGGCGGUAGUAGGCCCGAGAAUUCUAUGAGCGAUGUGCCACUGAGCGGGUAUAUGUCAGAAUUCCCAAUCCCUGGUACCAGACCACUCGUGCCUUGGGGGCUCGAUAAUGAACUUGACCCCUCCUCUCCAACAUACAAAAUGUUCGGAAAGCUUCUGAAGCCAUACUUUAGCAGUUUCCCAAGAGGACUGUAUACAUCGGAGAUGCAGUUAACACCACGUAAUGUUGUUGCAAUGCUGAAUGCAUGGUAUAGCAACGAUGACCAAACGAUGACCAAAGAACAAACCUUCUUUAACGUUGCCAGAGAGCUCUUGGAUGCCCAUUUCCAGUGUGCAACGACAAGAAUCAACCAAAUAGUUUUCUAUGUUUUCAAGGAUCAAAUACGUGCAAUGGCCAAAGAUGACUGGAAAAUGAACACUAGCGUGGGGAAAGUUUUGGGGAAUUUGAUAACGGAUACUGCCGUUGUGGACAAAGUCGCCCAGAAAAUUGUGGCAGCGCAUAGAAAUGCCUACGGGGACAUUAUGGAGCACAUUGAAUAUUUCAAACUUAAUGAUAUCGUAGAAUUCCUUGCAAAAAUGAAAAUGUUCAUCGGGAAAGCUGAACAGGAUAAAUGGACACCAGUCGUGUUCCAUGAGAAACUGAAUCAACUUCUGACGGACUUUGAUUUUGUCUUCCAAUGUCCGACUGUGCAUGAUCUAUGGGAAUUCCACCAAACAAUUGUUAGCCGUUUUCAAGAUAGGUUAUCCGAAAUCAAACCAUUCGCUGAGACGGAGGCUUGGCUAAAGAAAGUCCUACCCACAUACAUGACUACAGACGCCACCCCCGCCAUUACUGCCAUCCUACAAAUGUACAAAGACUACGUCAAAUUGGCCAUAUUGCACUUCGAACAAGUGGAGAACCACGUGACCAGCGGAAAUACGGCCGACAUCACGAAUUUCAUGUCCCAAUUUCUCGCACCGCAUCAACUCCAGUAUUUGCAAUCCAUUUUUGAAUUCCUCAAUACUGGGACUACCCACAACAGCAUGGAAAUGGGACAAAUAGGGAACAAAAAUACCGAUAACGAACGUUCCAAGGGUAGAUGCACCGAAUUCAACGGGGAAUGUUGAUGACACAGACGCCUAGACCGUAUCAUGUACGGAGUAUCGACCUGUGAUAUCCAAACCGUGUGAAAAUGACAAUUCAUAACAAAUCAUUGACCCUUUGUAGUGCUUUCAAAAACUUCUAUGCUUUGAAAAAUAAAAUUUCCAUAAACCAAA